ACCAGGUUUGUGCUUUGUUCUGGUACGCGCUAGCGGACACUUCGACGUCGUUUUUUCGGAAUUCGCGGGUGCCGUCGUCGCUGGUCUGAGGGCAUGACUCAUACACCACCUUGGCGACCACCACCAGCGGACGAGACGGCUUCCCUCGGUUAUUGUUCUGCAGCUACUGCGGCGUUUGCCACCGUGCGGCUAGCUCUCUCUUGUCUAUUGGUCGUCCUCUACUAACUUAGUGCGCGUGUUUUUUCUCUUGUUCGCCCUCAAAGAACUUGUAACCCCUUAUACUGGAGGAAUAUGGCAAGAAAACUGGUCGAGGUUUCUGACGAUUCCGCUUCAUCGUCAAGCAGUGCCAACAGUGGCGAUGCGAACGGAGGACGAUCAACUCCCACCGGCACACAACGACCACUUCUCCUUCCUCUACAGACGCAGAUGAGCAUUCCCCUCCCACUGCUGCGCAGCACACCGACGCACGAGGAAACGCGGGAGGAAGGCCGAGUGCUUCUCAGCUCGUUUGUGGACUAUCAGGUGGCGCAGGAAGGAGCCGCCAUGGACGCUGGGGCCAGCAGCGAGUCCAUCGGUGACAUGGUGUACAGCCACACCAUCGAUGAAGAAGACAUUGGUACUCCGCACAGUCGCACCGAGGCGGAGGCCCUGCACCCCGUUUACCGCAACAUGGGUCGCGAGCUGCGCGCCCUCGCGGACCGUUUUUCCCAGAGCCGGGAACGAAUACGGGUGCGACAGGAAGCCGACUCGCUGGACCUCUCGAGCCUGACCCGAGACAACCUCACAACGCUCAUGCUCGAGCUCUUUGAGGACGGCUUCAGCCGCGAGAGGCUGGUCACAUUUUUCUUCUUCUGCAGCGACCUCAUCCUGAAGUCUGUCCGUUGCUCCGUGGGUGGACUGCGUUGGCAGGUUGUUGCCUGGGUGUGGGCUUUUCUCCGCGACCGCGUCUGUUGCUGGGUGCUCCAGCAUGGCGGGUGGGAGGCCGUGCUCACAAACUAUUUGCCCAAGUUGGCCAUCACGGCCGCGGGCUUUGCAGUGUGCGUGGGUGUUGUAUUUUACAUAUGGAAGAACUGGUGAGGGUAUGAGCCGGCUUUUGAAAGCCAUUGGACGUGUCAUUGCUCAUUCCACAUGCCUUUCCUUUUUUCCUCCUUUGCCCAAUGUUCACUGGCAGGGAGAUUUUGUCGUAUGUUUGAGCUGUCGGGAAUGUGCCAUUAUUAAUUGUUGCCACGACCAUCGUCGUGUGGACAUGAACAUUGACAAAGCAUUGGCGGACAGGCAGUCUUCCUUGUGCCUCUCGUCCACUGUUCUUUUGCACUGCCGUGUUGACGUUCCUUGUGCUGAGGAAUGUUGUUAUGCAGUCAUUAUUUAUCCAGACACUUUUUCUGGCUAGCGCCGAAGCGCUGGCUGGUUUUGCGUCUCUCAUUGAGCUAUGCUUCUGUGCCUUGGACUGUGAUAAUCAUGUAAAUGCAGAGGCAGGACAUUUGCUUUUGCAAUAGGCCACUUCAGAGAUUGCCCAUGCUCCGAAGAAUAAUUUAGUCAAAGCAUCAUCUACUGAAACGUGUGGGAAAGAGAAUUGCAAAAACCUGUGCCUGGUCUAUUUGACCUAAUGUUUGGCAAUAUUAGUGAUAACUGAAGUAUCUAUAUACCGUGUAAUUAAAAUGAUGAUAAAUGCUGAACAAACAAGUACGUCGAACGGUCUUCCCCUGAGUACACGCAGGGGAACCAAUAUCAUCAAAAGCUGAUUAGCCUUUCACUCUUGUGUUCUAGCAUCUCGAAAUUUUAACUUCACUGCUGCUUUCAUCAUCGCUUUCAAUUCUAGCAAAAUGUUGAGUAGGUGGAACUGUCCUUAAAACUUUUUGUAUAUGGCAUGGGUGGUGUAUUGACGUGUGCCUUGUUUCAGAAAUUCCUUAUGUCCAAGGUUGGCAAGCAUGGUUCCUUGUUGGCCUUGUGUAUGGCCCUUGCAUUGCUCACUGGACAAAACCAGUACUUCCAGUGUUUUUGGUCCUCAUGUACUUGUCAUUAUGUAUUUUGUUUGCGUGUUCAGAUCUCAUGUUUUCGCCAUAUUAUUUGUAGCUCGUGAGCUUUUUCUUUGAGGCUGUCAGACUUGCAAAGCACCUGGCAGCGAUUUUGAUGUAUGACUGUGAGUGUUCACUCUUGUUUUUUGUAGAAUGUUCUUGAUGUCGAUUGAGUCGUGUAUCUUUUUUUUAGAAAUUUUUUUUAAUGCCGAUUGAGUCGUGUGGCUCUUUUGGUGGCUCGUAUACCUUUUGAUUGUUAGUUUUUCUAUGCUUUGAUUAACUAUAAAGGCAGGCUUCUAUCACUUCUUUGCGUAGCUGCCCAUACUUGGCUCUUCUACAAGCACUUUUUUUUUGUACCGGCAUAUUUUGUUCUUGUUGUUUCCUGCCUUGUUGCUGUUUAUACAAGCAUCAUUGCUCCUCUGGAAUUUCACUUGCAUGUACCCACGGUAACACCGAUCUGGCAGGCCUGGUGCGAAUUGCCAGCAAUAAUACUGCACACUAUAGUACAGCUCUUACAUCAGUAUCUUUAUCAGUCUUUCAGGAUGCAGAGCAUCUGUAAAGACGUAGUAAUCCCACUGCAGUGGGUCUGCAUGCAUCUCAAGUGCCCCGCUUGCCAAUGAUGUGCCAUUUUUUUUUUCUAUAGCUGCACACAGUGUAGUUUGUCAGGCUGCGGACAAAUCGAUUCGCCUCGAGCCAGCAGGUUUCUUGGCAACGUGAAUGAAAUUUGCGACAACCAUUUCUUGUCUGAAAUUCAUGCCACAGGCUUCCAAGUCUAUUCCACUGUGUCAUUAUAUACGAAAAAAGAAACGAGAAACACAAGCCUUUUUGCUUGGUGCAAAGCUCUGAAAUUUCGUCUGCAACUUUCGUUUGUGGCCAUGGCCUUAACUAAGUGUAAGAUUUCUUCAAAAUCUUUCACUGUCCCCGACUAAAAGUCUUACUCGGAGGUACCCAAAGAUCUUAUUUUUCUUUAUGCGAAAAUUCGGACGAAGAAGCUGCUAGAGUCUACCAGUUUGCCAUCCACGAAUUUCCAGUCAAGCAAAUAGAGGCGAGUGUUAGCCUAAAUGACUGACGGCGAUGCAUUGAGCUGUAGGGUUUUCUCGGUUUAUAUUAUUUGUUGUUUUACUUUAUAAAGGUCUCCUAGACUAACUUACUUUGCUCUUGUAGCGUUUACUUACUUACUUAAGUGUCUAGCAUCACUUUUUUAAACGAGCUGCUGCAGUAAUGACAAAUGGAGCACUUUGUCAUUUUGCAUGUUUCGACAGCGGCCCCUUUGUGCCAACAUUGAAACAAAUAGCCAUCAAUUAAUGCUUUGUUGCAUUGUUAUUAUUAUUUUAAUUUUUACACUGGCAGUGUUGCAAAGUAGGGCAGUACUGUUGCUUUUUUUUUUUUGCAUUAUGAAUCUUGCAUGAAACCUUUUGUUUUAAGUGUGCGCUGCCAAAAAGUAACAUGGUAUGCUGUUGUGAGCACAAGUUACUGGCUCAGCGUUUUCCAGUGUUACUGCGAGGUCACACAGUUGCUCAUUUUUUGGGAAAAUGCUGGGGCUGUCGGAAGAUUGCCUUGUGGUGCGAGACUUUUUAGUGGUGUGCGACAGAAACCCUACCCUGUCUUUGUAGAGUGUCUUUUUAAUUUGUUCGCUCAAAUUCUCUUAUGGCUCAGUUUUUGUUUUCUUUUAGCAUUUAGUUGUUAUAAGUGAUAAGGCUGUCACUUACGAACUUUUAGACUUGUAAAACAGUUGUUUCUUUGGUUUCUUCAUGCAUGGCCCAAAUGGGACACACCUAAUGUACUUGUCUCAUGCAAUAACCUUUUUUGUGCUGAGCGAGCCUUUUUGACAUGCGCCUACGAUUUUCUAGAACUGGCGGCAUCUUCUUCAGUUCCAUCUCUACCUUUCUUUUUCUUUUGCAUGAAUUUUCUAAAUGUUUUGUUGGCAGCCAAAGUCAUGGCUUUACUUGCAAGUGUAUAAGUAUACCUACCUUUGUUUCAUUUUCACGAGCUUCAUUUCUGCUUGCACCUUGGCAUGUAAAGGCAAAUGUUUUUCAGCAGCGCUGUAAAUGCACAUAUGGCAUUUGAGGGGUUGUUGUCGUGAGUGUUGCCAAUCCCCUUGCUAAAUCAGCAGCAGCAUGUGUCUAAUAUAGCACAGAAGUGCAGGAAGCAGAAGCACAGUUAAGUUGAUACAUCGUCUUGUCUCAACCAGCUUAAAGUCCUAGGUGCUUUUUACGUACAUCUACUUGUGGCCUGCUACGGCCUCAGUUUUUGUUCCAGCCCUUGCAUUAUCAGCAACUUAAAGUACGAUGCACUUAUGAGGGGACACUAAAAGCAAACAGUAAAUGAAGUCGAUGCGAUGUGGUGGCUCCGUAAAAUACACGAAGUGUCACUUAUGGCACACGGCAAACGAUGUUAAAUGGGGUUUAGGCCAUUGCUGUCAAAAUAAGAUAAUCAGCUCUGAAAGCAGUCUUGUGCAUAGUAUUUAAAUUCACGAACAGUUUUGUAAGAAAACCGGUGUAAGAAAACUGGAGAGAACUGGUGAAACUGGUGAACUGGAGGCAGUUUUUCAACUGCAGGUGUGCUAUGUUGCUGCUUUGAGUAGAACUGUGUUGUAUCGCCCGUGCAUCUAAAGCUUACUAAAAGAUUUAGAAUAAAAGCGAUGCAAGAGGCACGCAUACCCCAUGAAUCCAGUGUCGGCUUGGGUUUUGUCAUUCGUUACCCAAGCUACUUGUGUGCUCAGUCAGAGUGCAAGCUUUUUGAUUCCCAUAAUAUAAGGAUCACUUUCAGUCUGAUGCAAGGCAAAGCAGUACUGGUAAGGCUUAACACUGGUUAGGCCCAACAGCCUACACCGAAGGCAAACUGGAGUAUUUGCGGUGUUUUUCAGCCACACAACAACAGUCAUCAUCAGGCUUGCUUGCGUUUCCUUUCUCAAAAACUGUUCUCUUGCUACUUUCCUCUCAAGAGUGCUGUCACUGAAAGCGGCACACUGAUUGGGAUCGGAGAGUACAAGGAGCACACUGAUAAUGCAAGGAAAGCAUGCAAGAUAGAUCGUUAUUUUUGUGCUGCAAAAAUAUGCCACAAACAUGCUUUUUUGUCAGUGUAUUCAGUGUCUUAUUGGUUAUCAGGCUUGAGCUCAUCAGCACUAUUUGUACUGGCAUCAGUGUCAAAAGCAACGUUAUCUUUAUAGGCGACCGGCCCGUACUUACCACACAUGUGAUUGCCAAGUUAGAUUUUAAUUUACAGUACAUUUGGUGUUUGACCGAGAUUGCGUUGCACAUCUUCUGCAUGUUACUGUAGUCUACUUUCUGCUACGGCUAAGAUGAAUCUUUGGCACCGUACUGUGGAGAGCUCUUACAGUAUAUGUAUGCUUUGUUAUACACUUUUAUUGAGAGCUUUGUACAUGUACGUUGCCACGUAUAUUGUCUGUGUGGCGUGUAAGCUGGGUCUUCGAGAUGCGGUGGCCGUGACAGGAUGCCGCUACACUGCCAAUAUUCCAUGUGCGUUGCAUAGUUUUGAUGAACUGUGUGUGUGACGUCUUUUUGAAUGAUACCAAAUGUUAUUUUUUAUAUCCUCUUUGGUGUGUUCAUAAAUAAACGGAAACAUUUUUGACAUCCGAA